GUAAGUCUUAGUGGCAUGCUAAUGGUGAAAGGAACAGUAUACCAGAACAUGAGCCAAGUUCCCAAGGAACAUGACCUCCAUGGAACAUUAGUGACAGAGAAUCUGAUAGGAAUAACACAUGAUCACUUCAUCACCUUUUAUCUGGACAUGGACAUCGAUGGCCCAAACAACUCCUUUGUAAAGGUUCACAUGACAAAGCAGGAGAUUUCACCUGAAGAAUCUCCAAGGAAAAGCAUUCUUAAAUUCAAUAGAGAAGUGGCCAAGACUGAGAAAGAUGGACGGAUAAAACUAAACCUCUAUGAUCCCUCAGAAUUUCAUGUAGUGAACCCUGCAAGGUUGUCUAAGGUUGGAAAUCCUUCUGGAUAUAAGAUUGUUCCUGCUGCAACUGCUGCGAGCUUGCUUGAUCUCGCAGAUCCUCCACAGUUGAGAAGUGGUUUCACAAAUAACCAGAUCUGGAUAACACCAUAUAACCAAAGUGAGGAAUGGGCGGGUGGCCUUUUUGCAUAUCAAAGUAGAGGAGAUGAUACUCUUGCAGUAUGGUCUGAGAGGAACCGGCCAAUAGAGAACAAGGACAUUGUGACUUGGUACACAUUAGGAUUUCACCAUAUACCUUGUCAAGAGGACUAUCCCUUAAUGCCCACAGUAUCAUCUAGCUUUGAUCUUAAGCCUGUUAAUUUCUUUGAUAAAAACCCUAUUCUGAGAGCUGCACCAUACUUUGAAGAAGAUCUUCCUGUUUGUGAAACAAUUGCAAACUCUAUUUAAUGGUAUUUAUCACAUUUCAACUUGUCAAAUGAAAUGUGAGAACUAAAUCAUUGCAUACAAAAUGUGGAUACAAAUGUAGUGAUUACUAUCCUCAAAUUGUUGUAGAAUAAUGAAGUUAUGAAGCAUUGGGAAAGAAAUUGACUA